CAAUUAUAGAUUUUUCAAUAUAUACUCUUUAAGUAUUAAUUUAACCAACACUUAAAAAAUAUUACUGAAAUGUCUAGUGUUAAUCCUACAACGGCAGGGGACCAAGCAGUACAGUCAACAACUCCUAAUACUGGUGCAGAGUUAGAUAUUGCAUCUUCAAACAUUGGCACUCCAUCUGUAACGUCAUUUUCAUCUAUUCGUGACAAUGUCCAGGAUUGUAUUGUAAAUUCAAUAAAUUCGGUACUAGAUCAAUCUACUGAGUACAGUGCAUCAGAUGUUACUACAUGGGUUGAUUCAAUAACUAGCAAUUGUCUAGAUAAUCUACGUAAAUUGAGUGAAAAGUUUAAAUAUAUUGUUAGUGUAAUGGUACUACAGAGAAGCCCAGCAGGCUUCCAUCUAUUCACAACUUGCUAUUGGGAUCAAGCAAAUGAUGGCAGCGUGACCCAUCGUUGGGAUAACAAGAAUCUACAUUGUGUAGUUGUUGUAUAUGGUGUAGCAUACUAGUCUUAAUGAAGAGAAAUAGUAGGGAAUCCAAUCAAAUAAUAAAAUACGAUAUAUUGGACCGAAGAUUAAUCAACAGUUAGAAAAAUAGCUAUUAGGAAUAAAAAAGAUCAGCUGGAUUAUAGAAUUAAUAUUAUUCAUGCUUUAAAUCAGAUACUUUGAAAAUAAUAUCCUUAUUCAAUAGCAUAUAUAAUCGAGGUCUGUUGAGUACUAGUUUGUCUAAUUUAAUUCCCAACAUAUUAAGUAUUCACAUUAAGAUUAUAUAUCUCAUUCCUACUUCUCAUAAUUGAUAGUACUUUAUCAAUUGCAACCAAAUUAUCUGGGUUUACCCUGGGGUCUCUCUCUGUUCCUACCUUGUUAGUUCCCUUCAAGGUGGAAUCCCUAGUUGACUUCUUUUUAAUCUUUUUAUUAUA